AUGAAGCAGACCCUCGCACUCGUCUCGCUCGCCGUUACCUUCGUUUCACAAGCCAACGCGAUCGCCCAGUGGCAGCAAUGCGCAGUAUCUGUGCCGACGGUAGCUUACUCAAGCAGUAUCGGAUGGACGGGAUCAGGAACCUGUGACGCUGGCCUCCAAUGCGUUUACCUGAAUGACUGGUACUCUCAAUGUCUAGUGGCAACCUCGACCAGCUCGGCGACCCGUUCGACUUCGACAUCGAGUAGCGUUUCGACGCGAUCAACAAGCACGAGUAUCUCCACCCGGCCAAUUUCUACUUCGACUAGCACGUCAACUCGUACAACCAGUACCAGUACCAUUACCUCGACACGCACCUCGACACGCACCUCGAGUACAAGCACCGCGUCGGGAACAGCCUGCCCAUCAAGCACACCCCCAGCAGGUCAAAAGUUCAAGUACAUCGGCGUCAAUAUGGCAGGCUACGACUUUGGUUGUGGAGCGGAUGGAACCUGUAAUCCUACUGGUGCAUUCCCACCUUUGGCCAAGUACUACGGCCCAGAUGGCAUCGGCCAGAUGACCCACUUUUUCCAAGAUGACAAGUUCAACACAUUCCGCGUUCCCGUCGGAUGGCAGUAUCUGACCAAUGGCGUCCUGGGAGAUCUCGACGCCACCAACUUCGCCAAGUAUGACGAAUUUAUCCAAGCUUGUCUCGGUCUCGGCGCGUACUGCAUCGUUGAUGUACACAAUUAUGCGCGAUGGAACGGCAAGAUUAUUGGGCAGGGUGGACCGACAAAUGAACAGUUUGCCUACCUGUGGGGCCAAAUCGCUGCCAAAUACGCCUCGAACGAUCACAUUAUCUUUGGCAUUAUGAACGAACCACAUGAUGUGCCCGACAUCAACGCAUGGGCUGCUAGCGUUCAAGCAGCGGUUACGGCCAUCCGCAAGGCCGGUGCUAUGAAGCAGAUUUGUUUGCUCCCGGGCAAUAACUGGACAAGUGCCGAGACGUUUAUCUCAAACGGAAGCGCAGAGGCUUUGGCAAAGGUCACCAACCCGGAUGGCUCGACAACUGGACUCGUCUUUGACGUACACAAGUACCUAGACUACGAUAAUAGUGGCACCAACACGGAAUGUGUGAGGAAUAACAUUGACAAUGCGUUUGGCCCACUUGCGCAGUGGUUAAGAUGUAGAGGACGUCAAGCGUUCAACAGCGAGACGGGUGGCGGAAAUACGGCGUCGUGCGUCAACUACUUCUGCCAACAAGUCGCGUUUGAGCAGGCCAACGCCGACGUAUUCAUUGGCAUUACUGGGUGGGCUGCAGGCUCCUUCGCCGUGGACCCUGCAGAGGCUUUGACAAAGGUCACUAACCCAGAUGGGUCGACAACCGGUCUCAUCUUCGACGUACACAGGUAUCUAGACUACGAUAACAGGUGGGAUCAAGAAAGUUAUUGGCACGAAACCCCAUUCCCUCGCAGUGGCGCCAAGACGGAAUGUGUGAGAAAUAACACUGACAAUGCGGAUGACCUACUUGCAUGUAUGAGGCGUAGGUGGCGUCAAGUGUUCAACAGCGAGACGGGUGGUGGAAACAUGGCGCGGUGCGUCAACUAUCUUUCCCAAGGAGUCGCAUUUGAGCAGGCAAAUGCCGACAUAUUCAUUGGCAUUACUGGGUGGGUUGUAGGCUCCUUUGCCAUGGACCCGCAAGAGCUACGCUCUUAG